UGCACACGGAUUCUGCACGAUCGCCGACUCCCUAGCAUAGCGCUGCACACACCCAAUAACAAAGCAUGGAUUUCAACGGGAGCCGAGAGUACGCCUCGUCGCCGACGGGGUUCCCCUACAACUCGAGCGUGGACUACGACGACGGCGACUAUCUCCAGGAGACGGACGCCAGCAAGAUCAUCAUCCCGUCCAUCUACGCGCUCGUCUGCUGCGUGGGCCUCACGGGCAACGCCAUGGUCAUCUACGUCAUCCUCAAGUACGCCAAGAUGAAGACGGCCACCAACAUCUACAUCCUGAACCUGGCCAUCGCCGACGAGCUCUUCAUGCUCAGCGUGCCCUUCCUGGCCACGUCGGCCGCCGUGCGCCACUGGCCCUUCGGCUCCCUGAUGUGCCGGCUGGUGCUGAGCGUGGACGGCAUCAACAUGUUCACCUCCAUCUUCUGCCUGACGGUGCUGAGCGUGGACCGCUACGUGGCCGUGGUGCACCCCAUCAAGGCGGCGCGCUACCGCCGGCCCACCGUGGCCAAGGUGGUGAACGUGUGCGUGUGGGCGCUGUCCCUGCUCGUCAUCCUGCCCAUCAUCGUGUUCGCAGACACCGUGCCGGCGCCGGACGGCGGCGUGGACUGCAACUUCCUGUGGCCCGACGCGGCGUGGUCCGAGGCCUUCGUGGUGUACACCUUCCUGCUGGGCUUCCUGCUGCCCGUGGCCGCCAUCUGCCUGUGCUACUGCCUGAUGGUGGCGCGCAUGCGCGCCGUGGGCCUGAAGGCGGGCUGGCUGCAGCGGCGGCGCUCGGAGAAGAAGAUCACGCGCAUGGUGCUGCUGGUGGUGGCCGUGUUCGUGCUGUGCUGGAUGCCCUUCUACGUGGUGCAGUUGGUGAGCGUGUUCCACCGGCCGCCCGACCCCAUGGUCACGCAGCUCUGCGUCAUCCUCAGCUACCUCAACAGCGGCGCCAACCCCAUCCUGUACGGCUUCGUGUCCGACAACUUCCGGCGCUCCUUCCAGCGGAUCGUGUGCUUCCGCUGGCUGGAGUCGGGCCUGGACGCCGAGCAGGUGGACUACUGCGCCGUGGCGCUCCGGAGGCAGGCCACCUGCGGCCCCAAGGACUUCCCCAAGGACUGCGUCGCCUCGGACGUGGUGUUCCGCAACGGGACGUGCACCUCCCGCACCACCACUCUGUGA